AUGGCUCCUUCUCGGACAACCGGACCUCGGGCGCUGUUGGCAGCUUUGGGUCUUCUCAGCUGCUGUAGCUUGUGCUCGUGUGAGGCCUCAAGGACUAGUGGUUCAACACCAGCAGGGAAUAGACAGGAGCAAGAUCCCUCGUUGCCGGAGCGAGUGAAGAGGGGAUGGGUAUGGAACCAGUUCUUCGUGGUGGAGGAGUACACCGGCACGGAGCCACUAUACGUUGGCAAGAUCCAUACAGAUUCAGAUGACGGUGACGGCAACAUCAAGUACACUAUCUCCGGAGAAGGGGCCGGCACCAUCUUCAUCAUCGACGAGCUAACGGGAGACAUCCAUGCCACCGAGAGGCUGGACCGCGAGGAGAAGGCCUUCUACACACUUAGGGCUCAGGCCCGGGACGAGCUCUCCAGCGACCCUCUGGAACCCGAGUCCGAGUUUGUCAUCAAGGUCCAGGACAUAAACGACAGUGAGCCCAAGUUCACGGAGGGUCCCUACAUCGGCAGCGUGGCGGAGCUGUCACCAAUAGGAACAUCUGUUAUGAAGGUUACUGCAUCGGAUGCCGACGACCCUGCAUACGGGAGCAGUGCCAGAGUGGUGUACAGCGUGCUGGAUGGAGAGAAGUUCUUUGCUGUUGAUAGACAAACGGGGCUCAUCACGACGGCGGUGGCAGAUCUGGAUCGCGAGACGCAGGACCGUUAUGAGCUGGUCGUCAAGGCAACGGACAUGGCCGGACAAAUGGGCGGUCUCUCCGGCUCCACCACAGUGACCAUCGUGAUCACAGAUGUUAAUGACAACCCGCCGCGCUUCCCGCAGAAGAUGUACCAGUUUUCUGUGUCGGAGGGGGCGGCUCUGGGGACACCGGUUGGACGCGUCAUCGCCACGGACGCGGACAUGGGAGACAACACAGACAUGAGCUACCUGAUCAAAGAGGGAGGCGAUCUCUUCAAGGUCACCACUGAUGUGGAGACCCAGGAAGCUGUUGUCUCCAUCAAGAAGCAACUGGACUUUGAGAGCAAGCGCACGCACAAUGUGGUGGUGGAGGCGGUAAACAAGCACGUUGACCCCCGCUUCGUGGACCUGGGCUCCUUCCGGGACCAGACCAUCGUGCGGGUCAGUGUGUCGGACAUCGAUGAGCCGCCCAUCUUUCAACCUGCAGAGGGCACUAUCAUGGAAGUGCAGGAGGAUGCGAAAGUAGGCGCUCUGGUCGGCGUUGUCACUGCCAGAGAUCCAGAUGUGAAGGAUACACCUGUCAGGUUCUCCAUCGAUCGGACCACAGACCAGGAGAUGAUCUUCCAUAUUGAUCCGGACUCGGGGGCCCUCACACUGGGCAAGAUUCUGGACCGAGAGACGGCAGGCUGGCACAAUAUCACUGUGAAGGCUGUGGAAGCAGAUAACCACACCAUGGCCUCCCACUCAGCAGUGAGCAUUCGGAUCCUGGACGUCAACGACAAUCCUCCCGAGCUGGCCACACCAUACGAAGCCUCGAUAUGUGAGGACGUCAAACCAGGACAGCUAAUUCACACCAUCAGUGUGACGGAUAGAGACGAGCCACAGGCCGGACAUCGCUUCUUCUUCACCCUGGCGCCCGAGGCUGCCAGCAAUCGACACUUCACCCUGUGGGAUGUUAAAGACAACACAGCCGGCAUCCGGACCCAGCGGUCGGGCUUCAACCGCCACGAGCAGAAUGUGUACUUCCUGCCCAUCCUGGUGGUCGACAGCGGGCCGCCCUCCCUGAGCUCCACUGGCACCCUGACCAUCCACGUCUGCGGCUGCGACACUGAGGGAGCCAUCCAGUCCUGCAAUGCCACAGCCUAUGUAAUGAGUGCUGCUCUCAGCCCUGGGGCGCUUAUAGCACUGCUGGUGUGCAUGCUCAUCCUCAUAGUCCUCGUCCUGCUGAUCCUGACCCUGAAACGCCACAGGAAGGGCCAGAGGAUGGCGGAGGACGAGGAGGACAUGAGGGACAACGUCAUCAAGUACAAUGACGAGGGCGGAGGGGAGCAGGACACCCAGGCGUACGACAUGAGCGCCCUGAGGAACCUCUACGACUUCCCGGAGGCCAAGAGCUGUGACUCCGGCCCGGACAUUCGCUCACUGCCGCAGUGGAUACAGGCGAGCCGAGCAGCCGGGGGGGCAGAGGGGACCGCGGCGGCGGCGGCUGCGGCGGCGGCAGACUUCUCCCUAUUCAAAGGCUACAUCCGGAAGAAGGUGGAGCAGGCCGACGCUGACCUGUCGGUCCCGCCGUACGACUCCUUCCAGACGUACGCCUUCGAGGGCUCCAGCUCCCCGGCGCUGUCGCUCAGCUCCAUCCACACGCUGUCCACCACCUCGGAGCAGGAUUUCUCUUACCUCAGCGAGUGGGGGCCGCGCUUCAGGCAACUGGCGGGCUACUACGCCCCGGGGAACCCAGAGGAGGAAGGGUCCUAG